AUGAAGACUUGCGGGCGCGCGGCGUUUUGCUGGGCCCUGCUGUGCCUCGUCGGCGGCCUGGCGGCGCCGCGCCGCCUCUACUGCGAGCGGGCGGACGUCGCCUGGCGCGCCUACCGAGCCCCCGCCGCCUUCGAGGCGCGCGUCCAGUCGCUCGCCAGGGACGCCGCUACCGUCCAGGUGCGACGCGUCUUUCACCGCCAGGGCCGCUGGCCCCACGAGGACGCCAUCCUCCGCCUCAAGCUGCCCCAGGAGGACCUCGAGUGUUCGGGACGUUUUGAAGUGCCUUUGCAGAAUCGAAAGAACUAUAUCGUGUUCGCAGAGAGGAGAGGCCACUCAGCAGUUGCCCUCGGGCCCCCUCUCAGAAGGACCGCCAAGUUGAUCAGGAGGAUCCGCACGGUCUACAAGCCUGGUUACAGUAGUCCGGCGCGGGUAGAACCAAUGCAGCCAGUAAUAGCUGUACAGGGUAAAAGGGUGAGGCUCGAGUGUCGAGCGAGCGCCCGCCCGCCGCCGCACAUAUCUUGGUACAAGGACGGCAAGCCCGUCGCUGAUAUCGCUUUAAGAAGAUUCCGGGUGCAAAACUACAGGCGGCGCUCGGUACUAGUGAUAAGGCAUGCUCGUCGGGAUGACACUGCGACGUAUGAAUGCAGAGCCCAAGGUGCGAUAGGACCGGCGGCGAUAGCCAGAACUAACGUCAGCGUUCUACCGCAAGUCACAGCAGCUCCAGAUACUCCACCCGGUUCUCCGUGUCCGAUGCCCGACCCGGCCUCAUAUUGUCUCAACGGAGGCACUUGUUUAUUCUUCGAAGUCGUUCAAGAACAAGCUUGCAAAUGUCCAGAAGGCUUCAACGGGCAACGGUGCGAGAACAAGGACGUAUCGAAUAGGAGCAGUAUGUAUCAUUCCUACACAUGCAAACUGGGCCUCUCGACGUCCUACUACUGUUAGCCAGCGUAGCGCCGGCGCAUUACCCACCUCGUUCCAAUUUUAAAUUUUAGCACCGUUCGGAUACGCCGCGUCAUAGACAUAUAGCAUGUUAUAGAUAAAUAAUGUUAGGAAACCGAGAGAAAG